CACGUUAGACCGUAGCGUAAUUUUGCGGACAAAGCAACUCAAAAGCGGAGUAGCCUACUUUUCCUUCGCAGUCCCACAAGCCGACCGUUCGCACAAGUUUUAAUGAUGUUGACAUAUUCACACAACAUUGACCGAGGCAGUGGUUUUUCACAGCAACGUUUGAGUUUCCAAACACCUUUUUAUAAGUCUGAAGUCUGUCCCCUCCACCCGACCUGUUAAAACCACGCCUACGAAGCCACACAAUUGGUCCGAAAGCGUCAAAGAGCCAAUCAACAGAGCCCAGCUUCUCGUAACAUACACACAUCCAUACUGUUUGAAGCCUAUGGGGCACAGAAGCGCUAGAAAUAUCUUGGUGCUGGGACCUUACCGCCUCUCUGCCGUCAACGGACUCCUUUCUCCGUAUACGUCUUUACUGAAAUGUGUGUGUGCGUGAAAGAGAGAGGUAGAAAGAGUGUGCGUGCGUGUGAGGGUGCAUGUCUGGAACAAGUAAAGACAGAGGAAUUAUUCUGCGCUAUCGAAAUAUUUCAACACACCGCUUUUGCAGGAGGACUGAAGCCAAUGCAAUGACAGCAAAUGUAUUUUAACAGGAAUGUCGAUAUUGUAGCCUAAAUAGCAGCAAGAAAAGAACGCAGCAGUCAAUACCUUGUCGGCGACGUACACUUCUUGGUUUAAUUCAAAAAUUGUUCCCAAGAAAAAGUGUUCAACACCCGUCAAUCUCGGAAGAAAACCUUUAUCUCAACACAACUGAAGAUUAAUGGAGUGCAUUUUUUCAUCUCUUCUUGCAGACACUUAGUUGGAACUCAUCGAAAGACGUUAAAGAAAAUUUACCGAACCCAGUCGAAAGUAAAUUGAUGCUUAGUUCUAUUGUGGUGACGGUGGACCUCUCAAGACUUCUCUAUUUGAGAUCGUUUUGCUGGUGAAGAAGGUUGCAUUGACUGAAUAUAAUAGCCAAUUAAUCUAAAUACAUCCAUAUAUUUGGUACUUGCGUGGACUUGGAUGAGCUUCCUGAUGAGAGAUCCAGUCAUACAAGGAACGAGUAUGGCAUACCAUCCGUUUUUACCUCACCGUGGUCCGGAAUUUGCAAUGAGUGCAAUGUUGGGUCACCAGCCUCCCUUUUUCCCGGCCCUUGCGCUACCUCACAACGGCUCCCUCUCCCUCCCAGGCGCCCUGGGAAAGCCUAUCAUGGACCAACUGAUGGGUGCCGCCGAGUCCGGCCUUCACUUCUCCUCGCUCGGGCACCAGGCAGCCGCAGCCCAUUUGAGGCCUCUGAAGACGCUGGAGCCUGAAGAAGAAGUCGAAGAUGACCCUAAAGUUCACCUGGAAGCGAAGGAACUUUGGGAACUAUUCCACAAGCGAGGCACUGAAAUGGUUAUAACAAAAUCCGGAAGGCGAAUGUUCCCUCCAUUCAAAGUGAGAUGUACGGGCUUGGACAAGAAAGCAAAAUACAUUCUGUUGAUGGAUAUUGUUGCAGCUGAUGACUGCAGGUAUAAAUUUCACAACUCGCGUUGGAUGGUGGCAGGGAAGGCCGACCCCGAAAUGCCAAAGAGGAUGUACAUUCACCCGGACAGUCCGGCUACUGGCGAGCAGUGGAUGUCAAAAGUCGUAAAUUUUCACAAACUCAAGCUGACAAAUAACAUCUCAGACAAGCAUGGAUUUGUAAGUUCAUCUAAUAAUUCUUUCCUGUUCCAGACCAUCCUGAACUCCAUGCACAAGUAUCAACCCAGAUUUCACAUCGUGAGAGCAAACGACAUUCUCAAACUCCCUUAUAGCACGUUCAGGACAUACGUUUUCCCUGAAACGGAUUUCAUUGCGGUUACUGCGUAUCAAAAUGACAAGAUUACGCAAUUGAAAAUUGACCAUAAUCCGUUUGCCAAAGGAUUCCGUGACACGGGCAAUGGCAGGCGAGAGAAGAGGAAACAGCUGGCCUUGCAGUCCAUUCGCUCAUACGAGGAGCAGCAGAAAAAAGAGAACGGGACGUCCGAUGACUCCUCCGGCGAGCAAGCCUCAUUCAAAUGUUUCGGCCAGGCCUCAUCUCCCGCGGUGUCAACUGUGGGGCCUCCCAACCUGAAAGGUAGUGAAAGCCACAGCUUCUGCUUGGAUUUCUGUGAAAGUGAUGAAGACAGCGAUGAUGAGAGCAAAGAUGGCAAUCUGAAGGACGGGCCGGACUCAAGCAAGAUCUCAACUACUACGGAGGAUGGGAAGGAUCACGAAGCGAGCCCUAGUAAAGGUCAUCAAUUCUGUGUCAGUGACUCUACUGGCCGGUCUCGGGAAAGCGCACCGAGGACUGAGAAAAAGCAAGUGGACUCUCGACAGAGUCCCAUCACUGUUAUAUCCAGCACUACUCGGUCCGGAGAGGACCUCAAGAGUCCAAACCGGGACCAGCCCAAGGCGGACGAGUGCAGGUCUAUAAGCAAGGACAACUACGUGCCUUUGACUGUUCAAACUGACAGCAGUCCGCACUUAAGCCAUAGUCAUUUGCAUAAUUUUGGAUUUCCACCGGGUUUAGCGGGACAACAGUUUUUCAAUCAUUUGGGGGGCGCGCAUCCGUUUCUUUUGCACCCCAGUCAGUUCAACAUGGGAGGCGCAUUCUCGAAUAUGGCCGCGGGCAUGGGCCCCUUAAUGGCAGCGGUGUCCUCGGGAGGGGUUAGCACCAUGGACACGGCCAGCAUGGCGUCACCCUCGCAAAGCCUGACGGGAGCUCAUGGACUGCCUUUCCAUCUGCAACAACAUGUCUUGGCAUCACAGGGCCUGGCCAUGUCUCCAUUUGGGAGCCUGUUCCCUUAUCCGUACACGUACAUGGCAGCAGCCGCGGCAGCCUCCUCCGCAGCCUCAUCCUCUGUCCACCGGCACCCUUUCCUGAACGCAGUGCGCCCCCGCCUCAGGUACAGCCCUUACUCCAUCCCUAUGAGUGUGCCAGACAGCACUCUUCUCACCACAGCCAUCCCCUCCAUGGCUAGCAGCGCGGCUGAGCUGAAAGGAGAUGGCAUGGCCACGAGCCCGGUCUCAGCCACCCUGGACUCCACAUCCGAGGUCACCAGUCGGUCGUCCACCAUAUCGUCUGGUUCGACCUCCCUUUCCCCAAAAACUUGUUCUGAGAAAGAUUCCACCAACGAGUUGCAGAGUAUUCAGCGCUUGGUCAGCGGACUUGAUUCAAAACAGGACAGACCACGAAGCGUGUCCCCAUAAAUUCUAAUGUUGUUUGUUGUAGUUGUUGUGAAGAUAAUGAUGAUCAUGAGGACGAUGAGGAUGAGUACGACGACACCCUGCUAGCGAAUGCGGGUUUAGAAAACGGACCUAUUGAACAGUUUCGAUUUUAAAAUGCACUUUGGUUAAAUACACAUCUGAUAUGUAUAUUUUUCUUUUGUUAAAUUAAUUAAACAACACUUUUAAAAAUUUCUUGUUAUUUGAAUACCAUACAAGUAUUGAAACUGAAAGGUUGGUGUGGAUGAUACUCACAGAUCUUUGAUAAGUUGCUGCUGUGUGAUGUCCUAUCUAAGUUUGUUUUAUGUCGAGUUGCUGAGCUAACGACUUUUGUUUGAUUUAAUAUGCACUCUGAAUUGGUUAUAAUUAUUUGAAUUCACUCCCCUUAUAAAGACUGCUGUGUUUGAUGUAAUAUUGCAUUACUAUUAGAAGCCAAUCAUUAUGCUCAUAGGGUAGGUGACACUUUGCAUGCCCUACAAAAAGUUGUAUAUUUUAUGACUCAGUUUGUUUUUAGGUUUAUUUUUAUCAAAUUUAAAAUUAACUAAUAUGCAUUAAACAAUGCUUCAGGCUGACCUUAAAAUCAAUCUUGAGAAAACAAUAUUUCACUCGCUCACUGUUUCUGCUAAGGAUUCGAUAAAUUUAUCUACGGUUAUUGAUUUUACGAAAUUAUUUCGGUGUACGUCAAUUUAUAUAAGAAUGGAUUAUGGAAAUCCCUGCUGCCAAAACAGAACCAAGGUUACUUGCCUUUUUACACUCAUGUGCGAGUGGUUGAGAUUGUCCUAAAAUCGCAUGCCGAAUCCUGAAUAGCCGAAGUAUUCAACUGGCAAAGGGAAUCUGAAAUAUAAUUGAAAAGGUGAUAUUGAUAAUAAAUGUAAAUAGUGAUAUAUAAACAUAUUUAUGUAAUUAUUUCAUAUUGAUAUUGCCUGUAAAUACGGAGUAGUUUGUUUUUAGGGAUAUGUCCUUAAUUUAUUGUUGAUACCUGUAAAUAUAGUUUGUGGGCUAUAAUCCUCGUUUUACCAUCUGCAUUUUAUAUCUCCCUGAAUACGGAUUUACCCUUUUCCCAAAUAUCCACAGAGCUAGUAAUUAUAGCGGACACACCCAUGUGCCAUUGUACCUUACCUGUUGUCUCUGUGUUAAAUGCUAGUUCAUAAGAAUGAAAGGGAGAGCACACUGCACCAACAGCUUGAAAAAUUGAUGAAUCAUUUUCUCGGAAAAUAAAAAAAAUCUUUGUCUACAUGUGUGUCAAAAUUGAAAAACUUUCUGUUUAAAAUACAUUGCAGCCUGAUAGGAGUGCCGCGUCUUAUCGAAAUAUGAAGGUUUCUUUUGUGUUUCUAAAGUUGUCAUUGGGUUAUGUUGUAUUUCUGUCUAGUUUACAACAUCAACAAUGUGUUCUUGAAAGUUUCAUUAAAAUCUUGAAAUACGUU